UGGAAGAAAGGAAGGAAUUCCUCCAUUCCCUUUUUCCUCUCUUCUCUCUUUCUCUUUUCUCUUUUUCUCUUUCUCUCUUUCACACUUAUUCAUUCAUUCAUUCAACCUUCCCACAACUUACCUCCUUUUCCCCUAAAACCUCCAUUCAUUGUCUCUUUCUCUCCCCUCUUCUAUAAAACAACCACUCCAUCCACAAUGAUCUCUACUAUUUCAAAACCUGUCACCCGUCUGGCACGUCCUCUCUCCACACUCCUUACCUCUUCUCCUGUCCAAGUUCGUCGCCAACUCACCAUUAAUGCUGCUGCUGCCUCCGUUGUUGCUGCUCAGCGUCUCAGUCCUUACCGUUCACAGGUCAGGUUUUAUGCCGAUUAUGUUGUCAAGGUCCCCCAUAUGGCCGAUUCCAUCUCUGAGGGUUCUUUGAAGCAAUGGAACAAGAAGGUCGGCGACUUUGUUGCUUUGGAUGAGGAAGUUGCAAGCAUUGAAACUGACAAGGUUGAUGUUGCUGUCAACUCUCCCAAAUCUGGCACUAUUGUCGAGUUGUAUGCCAAGGAGGAGGACACCGUGGCUGUCGGCGCUGAUCUUUUCAAGCUUGAGCUUGGAGAUUCCCCAUCUGGAGGUGCUGGUCCCGCCAAGGAGGAAAAGAAGGCAGAAAAGAAGGCAGAGCCAAAGGAUGAGCCAAAGAAGGAAGAGCCAAAGAAGGAAGAACCCAAGAAGGAGGAAAAGAAGCCUGAGCCAAAGAAGGAGGCCCCAGCUGCUCCAAAGCCCGCCCCUGCCGCCUCAAAAUCCAGCCCUGAGCCUUCGUCUGCACCCGUCGCUUUCAGCCGCGAGGAACGCACUGUAAAGAUGAACCGCAUGCGUCAGACCAUCGCCAAGCGCCUGAAGCAAUCUCAAGAGAACGCUGCCUCUCUCACUACUUUCAACGAGGUCGAUAUGUCCAACUUGAUGAAGCUCCGUGCCAACUAUAAGGAUGCUGUUUUGAAGAAGCACAACGUCAAGCUCGGAUUCAUGUCAGCCUUCGUCAAGGCCUCAUGCUAUGCCUUGAAGGAAUUGCCCGCCGUGAACGCCAGGAUUGAGGGCGACAACAUUGUCUAUAAUGACUAUGUUGAUGUCUCCGUAGCCGUUGCUACCCCCAAGGGUCUUGUAACUCCCGUUAUUCGCAACGCAGAGAGCCUUUCAUUCGUCGAGGUGGAGAAGAGUAUUGCUCAGUAUGGUGCCAAGGCACGUGAUGGACAGCUUGCCAUUGAAGAUCUCAGCGGCGGCACCUUCACCAUUUCGAACGGAGGUGUCUUUGGCUCCAUGAUGGGUACACCCAUCAUCAAUAUGCCUCAGAGCGCCAUUUUGGGCAUGCACGCCAUCAAAGAAAGGCCCGUUGCUGUUGAUGGCAAGGUCGAGAUCCGCCCUAUGAUGUACAUUGCCCUCACUUAUGACCACCGUAUUAUUGAUGGACGUGAGGCCACUACUUUCUUGGUCAAGGUCAAGGAGAUCAUUGAGGACCCUGUUCGCUUGUUGUUGGAUGUUUAAAAAGAACAAGAAUUUUAUUAUUAUUACCUUUUUUUUUUUCCAACUCAUAGAAACAACAAAUUUUACCAGACAAAAAAGAAAGAAAGAAAGAAAGAAAAAAAAAAAUCAUAAUGUUCAUUCAACACAUAUUUCAACUUUAUCUCUCUUUUUUUCGUAUUUGAAUCAGUUUAUUAUUAUUAUUAUUAUUGCAGAAACAAGGAACAGCGAAGAACAACAUUUUCCCUCCUUGUCCGUGGAUUUAUGAAGUGUUGGUAUUAUACUCCAGGCAUUUGGUGAUGCUUGUAUGCAGGAGGCUGAGUAAUAUUAAAACGUCAGUAUAUGGCAUGAUACUUUGAUGGAGUCAAGGUGGAAAGAGAUGGUUUUAUUAUGGAUAGCAUUACAGCCUCCCGAGGAUGAUAGUUAGAGAACUAAGAUGCUGCUAAGCGUAAAAAAAAAAGACCCA